UGCUCGUUUGACACCGAUCAUCUGUCAGCCAGACAUCAAUUGCUAACUUCAACGGUUUGGGCGAUGUUUUGGGGCCCGAAAACCCGCAAACAUCAUGCUGGGAAACGACAAAUUCACCUUGUACGUCUAUGAUGGCGAUUACGGGCUGCCCUCUUUCAAUGUGGAGUGUACCAAAGUGCUUCUCUACAUCGCCAUGGUGAAAGUGUCCGUGGAAAUCAAGACUUUGAACAACAUCAAAUCGUGUGCCUUUUAUACCGGGCCCUGUUUCAUGCAUAAAAACCUGUCGUUUGGGUCCUUUGGGGACAUUGUGCCCUAUUUGAACACCUUGAACUUUGAUUUGGACGUGCAACUGAGCCCCAAGCAGCGCAGCGAAGCGCUGGCGCUCUCCAACAUGGUGCAGGCGAAACUACGGGGGCCUGUGGAGUUCGCGUUUUGGGUGGAUUCUCGGAACUUUGAGGAAUUCACCCGCGUUUGGUUCGCCAAGGCGCUGCCCUUGCCUUUCAACAUUUUGCUCAGUAGGCAGUUUAAGGAGAACGCAGUGAAUCUGGUGGAAAGCAUGUGCCCCAAUGACUCUUGCAUGGAGCUGGUAAAGGAGUACUUUAACUCGUUAGCUAGGGAGUGUUUAGCGUCGCUUUCCGCCCGUCUGGGAGUUAGCGAGUACUUUUUUGGGGACCAGCCUAGUAGUUUGGAUGUAGUGGUUUAUAGCUAUGUGGCCCCCUUAGUGAAGCUGCCAUUUCCCAGCAACGAUCUGAGCAUUGUGGUGGCCCUUUGGCCCAAUUUAGUGAGUUUUAUUAACCGAAUUGAUGCCAAAUUCCUGCCCGAGCUGCCCAAAGAGUCCAAAUACAUCAAGAAUGAGGCGAAGCUGAAGACGAGCGACGACGAAGUUUCUUAUGUGGCCAUUUCCAUUCUGACUGUCAGUGCCAUUUCUUUGUUGUGGGGGUUUGCGGUCAGCAAGGGCUUUAUUUCCUCCAAACUGUUCUAGUUUAGUGUCUGUCUGAUUCAUGUGAAGUUUAAAUUGCAGUAAAGUAAAAGCGAAAAAUU